AUGCUGCGACGUCCCCCAGGGGAAGGGAGGCGCGGCGCGACUCAGAGGACUUACCUCCUCGCCCUCGCCGUACUCGUCAUCUCUUGCAUCCCUCUUGCCGAUGCCCAACAACCUAUCGAUUCUAUCCCUCGUGUCCAGCGAGUUCAGCAACCCGUCGCUGGAAGCAGUCAACAUGAGGGAAUCCAUGAUAUUCACGCCGAAGCCGCCCGCAACUGGGCCGCUACCCUCGAGGCCGACAAUGCUGUCGAGUCUCCUAGACGUCGCAGCACCGUGACGUCCUCGAAGCCACUUAACCGUCGGAAUGACCCCGACAACAUACUUAUUCCUAACGAUGCGAGCGCCGUCGCAACUUUGGCUCCGGCUCAGUCCGUGCGAGCACCAUCUCCUUCUGGACAUCGACCCAUUGUGUCCCGUGUUGGCGGGGCCUCUGGGAUCUCUACGCAGCACCAUGCGCGGAGUCUGAAGGACUGGGAAGUAGAAGACUUUGUCCUCUUGGCGACCGUCGAUGGACACCUCUACGCCAGCGAUCGUGCUACCGCACGCGAACGCUGGCAUCUCGAGGUAGACCAGUCAAUGGUGGAGACAAAACACUUCCGCCUAAACGCGUCCGACUUGGACGACGAUUACAACUUCAUCGACCACUACGUCUGGGCUAUAGAGCCUAAUCGCGACGGAGAUAUCUACUACUGGGUGCCUGGUGCUAGCGAGCCCAGGCUCCUGUCUACCGGCCUGACCAUGAAGCAGAUGGUCGACGAAGGAGCUUCGGCUUUGGAGAACCCUCCCAUUGUAUAUACCGGCACCAAGAAGACGACCAUGAUCACCCUCGAUGCUGCCACCGGCCGCGUGUUGAGAUGGUUCGGUUCUGGUGGGUCCCACGUCAACGAGGCCGAGAGCUGCCUGCGUCCGAACGCCCUAUACGACCAAAACAAUGAAGAGUGCAGCUCUACUGGUACCAUCACUCUAGGUCGCACAGAAUACGAGGUUGGCAUCGCUCGUAAAGACGGUCGUCCAAUCGCUUCACUCAAAUACUUUGACUGGACUCCCAACACCAACGAUUGGGAUCUUUUAAACCAAUACCACCAGUCCAUCGACAAUCGAUACCAUACUACAAGACACGACGGCCGAGUCUACGGUCUUGACUAUGGCCGGGAGAACUUUGACUCUGAACGGCCUGAAGAAGGAUUAUUCUGCAGCGAGAAAUUCCCUUCGCCGGUGGUCAAGGUUUUCGAUGUCUGCAGACCUUGGGGGGUUCUUCCAGAGAGCAACCCGGAUCUCAUCGUUCUCCCACAGCCUGUUCCGCCGGCCAAAGAUGAGAGCAUUGCUCGCGUCAGAAGCCAGCGCAUUUUUGUCAACCAGACCGAGACGGGUAACUGGUACGCUCUCUCCGGACGUUCGUAUCCUCUCAUGGUUCUUGCCCCUACUGCAAAGACUUCUGAACCAGACUGGCUCCAGCUUGGCCAUCCGUGGGAGAAGAUGAACGAGACACAGCGCAUCAGGGCCAUGGUUGGCACUCACAACAUGGACGCUGUUCACAAGGGAAAGAUCUACCAAACUCCUAGUCUGCCCGGCCGGGCAGAGGUACAAGAUGAUGUCGUCGUGGACCCUGAAAACGAUUCGGCUCUGCCCCUGCCCAAUGCGGUGCCUGAGGAGCCGGUCGAGACGACCAUUGUGAACAAGGUCAAGGCGAUCCCGCAACAGGUUUCCAAUAGCUUCAUCGAUUUCUUUUCUAACCCAGUUUUGUUUCUCCUCGUCGGUUCCCUUUUAUUCUUAUAUCAUAAGGAUCUACGCCGUUGGUACAAGACGAAGACGACAAAGUGGUACAUGCGCUACGAAGCUGCUUCGGACAGCGAGGACAACGGUGCUGAUGUGACCCCUGAACACACUGUCCACGACCAGAUCCCGUCAUCCGCAAGCGCACGAGACGCUGCGCCGCCCAACGCUGUACCCAAGAUUGAGGAGCCUGCUCCUGACUCGAAGCCCGAGGCGGCCGAGGCAGCCGCACCCGGCUCUGCAACCCCUGAAGCUGCGAUUGCUACUGACAAAGACGAGGGACAGCCAGAUGUUGUUCCUCAGUCGGCCGCUGCUAACAGCCAGGCCUCUUUGACUCCUCCCGAACCCGGCACACCCGAGGUUAAGAAGAAGAAGCCGGCUCAUCGCGGCCGUCGUGGGGGUACCAAACAUCGCAAGGGCAAGAAGAGGGAAGAGGUAUCGCAGUCAAGAGAGGACGAAGCACCCGCUUCUGUCGAAGAUGCGGUCAACAAGGCUAAGAAGUUAGGCGGACAAGUCACACAACUUGAGCCUGACGUUGUCACAGUGACGAACGAUAUGCAAGCUGUGUCAGGGCCGAUUAUUCGAAUGGGAAAUAUUGAGGUUGACACCGAUAAUCAACUUGGCACUGGCAGUAACGGUACUCUUGUCUUUGCCGGCAAGUUUGACGGUAGAGAGGUCGCUGUCAAGCGCAUGCUUAUCCAGUUCUAUGACAUCGCGUCUCAAGAGACCAGACUGCUCAGAGAGAGUGACGACCAUCCCAACGUCAUUCGUUACUACGCCCAGCAAGUUAGAGACGGCUUCCUCUAUAUUGCCCUCGAGCGUUGUGCUGCCUCUCUUGCCGACGUCGUUGAGAAACCGCACCACUUUUCAAAGCUGGCCCAAGCAGGCAAGGCUGAUAUCCCUGGUGUUUUGUACCAGAUCACCAAUGGUAUCAACCAUUUGCACCAGUUGCGUAUCGUCCAUCGCGACCUGAAGCCCCAGAAUAUCCUGGUCAACGUGGACAAGCACGGCAAGCCACGCCUCCUGGUUUCCGACUUCGGCCUUUGCAAGAAGUUGGAAGGUGGUCAGUCAUCUUUCGGAGCAACCACUGGUCGCGCAGCCGGAACGUCAGGCUGGCGCGCCCCCGAGCUUUUACUCGACGAUGAUGCUAGAGACACUGCCAUGGUCGACAGCAUCAACAGUGGAUCCGGCUCGAUCCUUGUGGGUUCUGAUAUGGUCUCGGGUCGUCGCGCCACCCGUUCGAUCGAUAUCUUCAGUUUGGGCCUUGUCUUCUUCUACGUUCUCACCAAUGGCCUCCACCCAUUUGACUGUGGUGACCGUUACAUGAGGGAGGUGAACAUCCGCAAGGGCAACUUCAAUCUGUCGCCGCUUGAUUCGCUCGGUGACGCCGCUCCCGAGGCCAAGCAUCUCAUCACACAGAUGCUUAGCCCGGAUCCCAAGGAGCGGCCUACAGCCCGCGAGGUCUUGGCACACCCUUUCUUCUGGCCUGCCAAGAAGCGUCUCGCUUUCUUGUGCGAUGUGUCUGACUCUUUUGAGAAGGAGCCCAGAGAUCCGCCCAGCGGACCGCUGUCGCACUUGGAGACAUAUGCCCCAGAUAUCACCAAGGGUGACUUCUUGCGUCAAUUGCCCCGCGAGUUUGUCGACUCCCUGGGCAAGCAGCGCAAGUACACUGGAACGAAGAUGCUUGAUUUGUUGAGGGCGUUACGUAACAAGAAGAACCACUAUGAAGACAUGCCCGACACCUUGAAGAGGGCUGUAGGCCCGUUACCAGAGGGUUAUCUGUCGUUCUGGGCGGUUAGGUUUCCAAGAUUAUUGAUAGACUGUUGGGAGGUCAUUUGGGCCGUGCGGUGGGACACGCUUGAUCGAUUCAAGGAGUACUAUGAACCACAGGGUUUCUAA